GGGGUUUCCCUGAAUACAGGUGGGCUGUAAUAAGCUCCGUUUAGCUGCUUUAGUUCAUUGACGGCGGAUCAGCGCGAAUGAAACAAUGGCCUCGGCGAAUGAUGCCCGUUAUGGUCAGAAGGAAUCGGCCGAUCAGAACUUUGAUUACAUGUUUAAGAUCCUGAUCAUCGGGAACAGCAGCGUCGGCAAAACCAGCUUCCUGUUCCGCUACGCCGACGACUCGUUCACCCCGGCCUUCGUCAGCACCGUCGGCAUCGACUUCAAAGUCAAGACCAUCUACAGGAACGACAAGAGGAUCAAACUGCAGAUCUGGGACACUGCCGGUCAGGAGCGAUACCGGACGAUCACCACAGCGUACUACCGUGGCGCGAUGGGCUUCAUCCUGAUGUACGACAUCACUAACGAAGAUUCCUUUAACGCGGUUCAGGACUGGUCCACUCAGAUUAAAACAUACUCGUGGGACAACGCUCAGGUGCUGCUGGUGGGGAAUAAGUGUGAUAUGGAGGAUGAACGGCUGGUGGCGUCCCAGAGAGGGAGACAGCUCGCAGAUCAGCUCGGCUUUGAGUUUUUCGAGACCAGCGCUAAAGACAACAUCAACGUGAAGCAGACGUUUGAGCGGCUGGUGGACGUUAUCUGUGAGCGAAUGUCGGAGAGCUUGGAGGCUGGAGACCCCACAGUUACCGGAGCCAAGCAGGGUCCUCAGCUCACCGAGCAGCCGCAGCGUUCACACCAGGACUGCGCCUGUUAAAAUACUCAUAAUACACUCAGUACCCUCAAACUGACCUCAGUACUCCAAAUACAGCGUUCACACCAGGACUGCACCUGUUAAAAUACUCAUAAUACAGUCACAGUACCCUCAAACUG